AUGUUUUCGAUUGGUGGAAGCUCUGGGAAAACAAGACUGGGGAGUCUCGUGAUUGGUGGGGGCUCUGGGACACCAAGACUGAGGAAAUUCGUGAUUGGUCGAGGCUCUGGGACACCAAAACUGGGGAAGCUUUUGAUUGGUCGAGGCUCUGGGACACCAAAACUGGGGAAGCUUUUGAUUGGUCGAGGCUCUAAGGCACCAAAACUGAGGAAGCUUGUGAUUGGUGGAGGUUCUAAGGCACCAAAACUGAGGAAGCUUGUGAUUGGUGGAGGUUCCAGGUCAUCAUUACCUAUCCAGAUGUUUGUCAGCCAUACCUACCAAGUGAUUUAUGAACCAUCGAACCCAACCCACCAACCUCUACAUGAACCACUGAACCCAAGCCAACAGAUUCAGGAAGGCAACGAAGCUGAUCCUUUUGCUCAAGUUCCUGGACCUGUCGAGGUUACUGACACAUCGAACCAAGAACCACACCCUCGGGGUUCAUAUGGUUCAAAAAACCUCAUCCCUGAACCACAGUCCCAGGGUUCAUAUGGUUCAACAGACCUCAUCCCUGAAUCAGGACCCCAGGGUUCAUAUGGUUCAACAGACCUCACCCCAGAACCUCGGGGAUUAAUAGAUGCGGGAGACCAGACAGAACUGCAGAUAUUUAAACAGGAAACACAGUCAAUCCAAAGAUCACGAAGAGUUUACGGUCUAACGCCCCAAACUAAUUAUUCCUCUCCCACACAACUUCAACUACCACAGCAACAAGACAUUGACGCACCUUACCAGACACUCCAGCCAGUCUACAGUCGUCCAGAUGAAGCUCAACUAACACAAGAUGACACCGAUCCAUCAUAUCAAACCCACCAGCCAGUCUACAGUAGUCCUGACACGUCCCAACAAGGCUACGGUUCUCCUGGUCAACAACAAGCGGGGUCACAGUCUUAUGGGAAGGACUCAGGGACGCCCUACAGGUUCUCCUACACGGUGAACGACCCCAGUCACGGCGCUCACUACGGCAGGCAGGAGCACAGUGACGGUAACGAGGUGAACGGCCAAUACUUCGUUCUUCUGCCCGAUGGUCGGCAUCAGGUUGUGCAGUACCACGCUGAUGACAAGACCGGGUACUCUGUUACCCUGGUGGGGCUCUGGGGCGCCGCCAUAUUGCUUUCAGUCUCCGGCCAGAGCAUUAUAGGAGCUGAGAGCGAGUCCUAUAGCACUGCGGCGGAUUUUACCUCAAGUCCAACAGAGUCCAAUAGUCAGACAAGGCUAAGAAAGUCCUAUAAUGUAGAAAGUCCAACAGAGUCCUAUAAUCUGACAAGUCCAACAGGGUCCUAUAAUCAAACAAGUCCAAAUGAGUCCUAUGGCACAAGGAAUCUUACUUCAUCGACAGAAUCCUAUGCUCUAAUAAGUCCAACACUGGGUGGUUAUGAGUCCUAUGCUCAAACGGAUCUUACGCCAAAUCGAACAGAGUCCUAUGAUCCAACAAGACCAACAGCGAGGCGGAGGCAGUCCUUUGAAUUACUUAAUCCUUCCCUAAGGUCUUCACAUUCUCCUCAAUUAAAAACGGCACCAUCAAAUCCUACAAAGUCCGAUGAAACACCAAGUCCAAAAUCAAGUACAAUGAGCUCCAAUGAAUCGUCAAGUCUUAAUGUAAAUCGUACCGAGUACGGUGAAAUACUAAGUCUUUUAAGCUUCUACAUCCAGGAAAGUACAAAAUUGAGUCCAACGAGGAAUUACAGUCCACCCGGUAGAUAUUCCAGUCCAACACAGUCCUACAGAGAAGCACGCGAUUCAUCAGAUACAUUAUUAAGUUACUCAGAGUCCAGGAGCAUAUCAGUUAAUACACCAAGUCCUAUUAAGUCUUAUGGGUCAACUGGUCCUUCUUCAAGUCCUAUAAGAUCCUACGGUCAAACAGAACUUUCAACGAGUACUACCCCAAAGUCCGAAGAGUCCUAUCUCCUACCUAGUUCUGAAAGGUUCUAUGAUGAAUCAAGUCCAAAGGAAUCCACUGAAGCGCCAAGUCCACAGGAAUCGUUUGGGACAGUACAUUCAAGUCCAAUAAAAUUCUUUGACCUGCCAAAUCCAAGCAAUUCCCAUCUUGUAUCAAAUCCAAGCCAAUCCUAUGAAUCAGCAACUCCAAAAGAAUCCUUUGAACAAAUAAGUCUAAGAGGAUCCUAUGAGCCAGUAAGUCCAAACGAGUCCUAUGAGCCAAUAAGUCCAAACGAGUCCUAUGAGCCAGAAAGUCCAACCGAGUCCUAUGAGCCAGUAAGUCCAAACGAGUCCUAUGAGCCAUUAAGUCCAGCCGAGUCCUAUGAGCCAUUAAGUCCAAACGAGUCCUAUGAGCCAUUAAGUCCAGAAGAAUCCUAUUAUUCAAGUCCAAGUGAGACCGAACCCUAUGUAUCGUUAAGUCCAAGAGAAUCAGAAUCCCAUGAGUCCUCAAGUCCAAGUGAAUCCUAUGAUCCAACAAGUCCAAGAGACUUCCCUGAAUCUCCCAGUGCAAGUCCAUCAACUCUCUUAGCGUCCUACAGUUCAACAGAUACUACAGACUCCUACGCCACACCAAGUCCCACAAAGUCCAAUGAUUCGGUCAACUCCCGAGAGUCCUUAGAUACAGCUGACCUCAGGGACUCCAUCGUAACAGAAUAUCCUGCCGAAGUCCUUCAGGUUACCACCCAUGGAGAGUCCUACAACCUACCAUUUCUUUCAGAGUCCUUUGGCCUGACAAAUCCCACAGGAUCUAGGAGCUCAAGUCACAUAGGAUCCUCUAGUCCAGUAAGUGCAAAGGAGCUCUAUGAAACACCAGUAUCCUAUGUAAUAACCUUUGACCCGUUAAGUCCUACAGAGUCUAGUAAACUGAAGAGUCCUGUAGGAUCCCACGAUCUGUUAAGUCCAACCACGUCCAAGAAUCCAUCAGCUCUUGUAGAAUCCCGUGAGCUGUCAAGUCCUGCAGAGUCUAGUAAGCUGGCGAGUCCUGUAGGAUCCCAGGAUUUGUUAAGUCCAACCACGUCCAAGCACCUACUAACUCGGAUUGAAUCCCACGACCAAUCAAGUCCAAGACCCUCAGAAUCUAGUAACCCGCCACGUCCAGUAGGAGCCUUUAAUCUACCAAGUCCUACAAGGUCUUAUAACCCACAGACUACUACAGAAUCCCAUACCCUAUUAAAUCCUAGAGUAUCCUCCAACCCAGCAGCUCCCGAGGAAUCCUAUACCACACUAAGUCCGACGGAGACCUACAGCCCAAGAAUUCCUAGAAGAUCCUAUAACUUUCCAAGUCCUACAAAGUCCAAUGACCCACACCAUGUUGCAGGAUCUAACGACCUGUCAAGUCUUCCUGAAUCCAAGAUCCUUCCAAGUAAUGUUGAGUCCUAUGAUCUUUUAUAUUCCCCAGCAUCUAUUAAGCCGUCAAGCCUUGCAGGAUAUUAUGACACAGCGAGUCUUAAGGAGUCCUAUAUCCUACCAACUAGCAACCAAACCACAUCACUGGGAUCCUAUAAUCAAAUAAGUCCUGCGGUGGCCUAUAAUCCAUCAAGUCCUAUAGGAUCCUACGAAGCAGUAAGUCCUAUGCCGUCCCAUACCCCAGCAACUCCUGUAGAAUCCUAUAUCCUGUCAAUUUCCACGGAGUCCUAUGACCUACUAAGUCCUACGGAAGGUACAAGAUCAUCUGAAACACUGAGUCCUAAAGAGUCCUCUAACCCACCGACCUUUGUAAAAUCCUAUGAACUAUCGGAGCCUUCAGAGUCCACUAACGGAACAGGUCCCGAAGGAUACCUGUACCUAUCAAGUCCUGCAAAACUCCGUAGACCAGCAAGUCCUUUAGGAUUCUACGACCUAAUAAGUCCGACAAGUCCUACAGGAUCCUUUGACCUAACAACUCCGACUAAGUCCCAUAGCCCACAAUCCCAUGACCAACAAAAUCCUACGAAAUCUAGCAUCACUUCAAGUCCUCCUGAAUCCUAUGAUAUAAGUUCAAGAGAAUCCUAUCAGCCACCAGGUGUUGUAGGAUACUUCUUCACUCCAAGUUCCAUAGAGUCCUACAGGCCUAAUCCACUAAAAUCUUCAGAAAGGAGCGAGUUGGUAGGGAUCUCAGGGUCCUACAAUUCAACAACUUCCACAGCGAGUCCAAUUCUACGAUCGCCUAUAAAAUCCUACGACCCACCAAUAUUUUCAAAGUCCUAUGGUCUCUCAGGCCUUACCCAGAGUCCUAGAGAUCCUCACGGCGAAGAAACUCUAAAAAAAUCCAACCAUGUACAAAGUUCCAAUGAAUCCUACGAUACUCAUACUCCCAGAGAAUCCUUCGACACACAAACUUCUAUAGAAUCCUACGAUUCUUAUAAUCCCAAAGAAUCUUACGACACACCAACUCCCAAGGAAUCCUACGACACUCCAACUUCCAGAGAAUCCUACGAUGCUUAUACUCCCAAGGAAUUCUACGACACACCAACUCCCAAAGAAUCCUUCGAUGCACAAACUUCAUUAGACUCCUACGAUUCUUAUAAUCUCAAAAAAUCCUACGACACACCAACUUCCAAGGAAUCCUACGACACUCCAACGUCCAGAGAAUCCUACGAUUCUUAUACUCCCAAAGAAUCCUACGACACACAAACUUCCACAGAAUCCUACGACACACAAACUUCCACAGAAUCCUACGACACACAAACUUCUAUAGAAUCCUACGAUUUUUAUACUCCCAAAGAAUCCUACGACACUCCAACUUCCAAAGAAUCCUUCGACACACAAACUUCCAAGGAAUCCUACGACACACAAACUCCCAAAGGAUCCUACGACCUAUUCUACGACGUAAUAGCUCCCAACGAAUCCUACGACGCACCAAGUACAAUCGAAUCCUACGACGCACCUCUCACAGAAUCCUACGACACACAAACUCCUAGUGAAUCCUACGACACACAAACUCCUAGAGAAUCCUACGACUCACAUACUCCUACAGAAUCCUACUACGCAUCCUACAACACACAAACUUCAAAAAAUGAAUCCUAUAAUGCACAAAGUCCCAGAGAAUCCUACGACCUAUUCUUAGAUGCAAAAGCUCUCAAGGAAUCCUAUGACUCACAAACUGCUAUAGAAUCCUACGAGGCACAAACUCCCAGAGGAUCCUACGAUUUACCAAGAUCUUCAAACUCAAAUGCUCCAUCAGGCCCUACAUUAACUCCAAGAGAAUCCUAUAGCUCGUCAAAGACCAUCUCAAGUCCUGAGGAUUCCUAUGGCACAUCCGGACUCACUUCAGCUCCUAGAGAGUCCUACAGUACACCAAGACGCACCCCAAGUCCUAAAAAAUCCUACAGUACACCAAGAUUCAUCGUAGGACCAACAAAAUUCUACAGUACACCAGGACUCACCGUAAGUCCAAGAAAGUCCUAUCGUACACCAAGACCCACCCGAAGUCCUAUAAAGUCCUACAGUACACCAGGACCCACCAUAGGUCCCAGAAAUUCCUUUGACCCACUAAGACCAACUCAAAGUCCUAAAAAGUCCUAUCGUACACCAAGACCCACCCAAAGUCCUAAAAAGUCCUACAGCACACCAGGACCCAUACUAAGUCCUAAACAAUCCUACAGUACACCAGGACCUACCCUAGGACCCACACUGAGUCCUAAACAGUUCUACAGUACACCAAGACCUACCCUAGGACCCACACUGAGUCCUAAACAGUUCUACAGUACACCAGGACCUACCCUAGGACCCACACUGAGUCCUAAACAGUUCUACAGUACACCAAGACCUACCCUAGGACACACACUGAGUCCUAAACAGUUCUACAGUACACCAAGACCUACCCUAGGACCCACACUGAGUCCUAAACAGUUCUACAGUACACCAGGACCUACCUAG